AUGUUCGCCCGCCAAUUCCCCCGAUUCGCCUCCUCCCGUCCCACCUACAUCGCCCGGAUCCGCCUGUACUCUUCCGCGGCUCCGAGCUAUGAGCACAUCCUCACCUCGACUCCGAAGCCGGGAGUCGGCCUGAUCACCCUCAACCGCCCUAAAGCCCUCAACGCCCUUUCGAGCCCGCUCUUCAAGGAAAUCAACGAUGCACUCUCCAAGUACGACGAAAGCAAGGACAUCGGUGCUAUCAUCAUCACCGGAAGUGACAAGGCUUUCGCGGCCGGGGCCGACAUCAAAGAAAUGGCCCCCCUAACCUUCUCAACCGCCUACACAAACAACUUCAUAGCUCCCUGGUCGCACCUCGCAAACUCCAUCCGCACACCCGUCAUCGCCGCCGUCUCCGGCUACGCCCUCGGCGGCGGCUGCGAGCUCGCCCUAAUGUGCGACAUCAUCUACUGCACCUCCACCGCAACCUUCGGGCAGCCCGAGAUCAAACUCGGUACUAUCCCCGGAGCAGGUGGCUCGCAACGCCUUACUCGGGCAAUCGGCAAGAGUAAGGCGAUGGAGCUGAUUCUGACGGGGAAGAACUUUAGCGGGAAGGAGGCUGGUGAGUGGGGGGUUGCGGCGAAGGUUGUGGAAGGUGGGAAGGAGGAGGUUUUGGCCGAGGCUGUUAGGACGGCGGAGACAAUUGCGUCGUAUAGUCGGGUUGCGACGGUUGCGGCUAAGGCGGUUGUAAAUAAGAGUCAGGAGUUGGCGUUGAGGGAGGGGGUUGAGUAUGAGCGGGGCGUAUUCCAUGGGUUGUUUGGCAGCAAGGAUCAAAAGAUUGGGAUGACUGCAUUUGCCGAGAAGAAGAAGCCCGAGUGGUCGCACGAGUAA